AUUUUAAUCAGGUAGAUAUGGACGAGAAUGAAGCAAAUGAUGAAAAUGAGAAGACUGAAACUGAAGAGUGUCCUCAUUCAGAUGCUAUACAGGAGCUGUUAGGCCGCACUGGUUAUAAACUUGAAGUAUUCCCGUCCAGCCGUGUUUACGGAGGUCCUCCACCAGACUUCACAGGAGAUGAACCUAAGGAGGAGUGUCAGGUCUUUAUUGGUCGCCUGCCCCCUGAGAUGAAGGAAGACGAAAUUAUCCCAGUUUUUGAGAAGAUUGGUAAAAUUUAUGUCAUGCGGUUGAUAAUGGAGAGACUUCCCUCUACAAAUAGCCGGGGAUAUGCCUUUCUGUGUUACCUGACACCAGAACACGCUGCUACAGCUAUAACAGAACUAAAUGGCCACGAGAUCAGAGCAGGUGUUAACAUAGCCGUGUCUAAAUCUGAGGGCAACAAGAGGCUGUACAUGGGAAACAUACACAAAGAGAAAACACAGGAAGAGUUGCUGAAUGAGUUGCAGAUACUCUUCACAGGGGUCAAGAGUGUAUUUGUUCAGCAAGAUCUUAAUGAACCUAGCCAUAAUCGAGGGUAUGCGUUUGUUGAUUUUGCCGAUCACAAGACAGCUGUAGACAUAAGACGUCAGUGUGCAACCGACCGUAAGAUUCUUUUUGGGAGACAAAUUCGUAAUGUGGACUGGGCUGAUGUUCAACAAGGGUACAGUGAGCCGGAUCCUGAUUCGGUCAAGUCUCUGCACAUAGCCCCCGUAACAGAUGAAACAACAGAGGAGAUGAUCAAAGAGAAGUUUGGAGAGUUUGGAACAGUGGAGAAGGUUCAGAAGAUAAGGGACUACGCGUUUGUGCAUCUUAGCACUAGGGAGGAGGCUGUGAAGGCGAAGGAGACCGCUGAAAAAACACUAAAUGGAGCAGAGAUUGAAAUAUCGUUUGCCAAGCCGAGACUUCCCGCCAAAAAGAGGAAAUCACGUGGAGGUCGUGGUGGUUACCGAGGAGGUCGGGGAGGCGGUGGUUACUAUCCCAACUUUGAUUACUACGGGGACCCUACGUACGGUGGGGGUGAUAUGGACGGGUACGACUACGGGUACGAUAUGUACGGAGGAGGUGGUGGUGGUUACUAUGACAACUACAGCGGGGCUGGUAGAGGCAGGGGAGGAGGUUCAGGGGUGUGGAUGACGAAAAGAAGGAAACCAAAUGAGGAGAGAAAAGCGGAAGAGAAGUGGUUGGAUCCUAACGUAGCGGACCAGGUGGGCGGUAACGCUGGAGGCAACUGGUGGUAGACAAUAUAAACUAGAAUUAAGUAAUUGAUAAGUUAAUUAAUCAAUAUUAUAUGUGUGUGUACUGUGUUGGAGUUGUGAGCUUUCAUUUUCCGUCAUCAAUGCUAAAUUUAUGUGCUUACGAUUUUAUUUAUUUUAUAUUAUUGACAGAAUUUGGUCAUAUGAAAAGCAGCAAUUAAAGAUGCAAACUUAAAAAUAUUAAAAUAAAAAGAUAAUCUUACACGAACAGCUGUGGUGUGAACAAUUAAUUAUGCACAUUUUUAUUCAUACUAUUAGAGUUAUAUUUUAUUAAUCUAUUGAAAGCAGUAAUAUGAUCAUGUUCAUGGUUGAACUUAAAAGGUUGUACGAAUGAAUUAUAUUAUUUUCAGAUAUUCUGAAAUAUCUGUAUUUUUCCUGUUCAAAUGCGAGUUGGCAUAAAUCUUUGUUUUCAAGUCAGAAUGACUGAUAUAUAAUAAUUAAAUUUUCAGUGCAGCGUGCUGCGGCUUAUUUUUAUUUAAAUCAUGAUACAA